AUGGAGGUUACAGAUGCGCCGCCUGUCUGCUUUACGCUGCGACCUCAUCAUCUGCAUCUACUGGUGAUGAUCACGCUGCUGUUCAAACGCUUCCCAAGAGACCGUUUCGACGCGAAGUUCGUGGCCCGGAUGCAUGAGAUCAUCAUUCGCGAGUUAUCUGAGACCUCUGCGCCAAUGAGCUACGGCGAGAUCAUGAGCGAGAUUGAGUGGGCGCCAGAGACCAACACUGAUGGGAUGACAGACUUUCUCAAGUGUUUGCAGCCCAAGAAUCUUGAUUUCGGAAGUGUCGAUCGCCUAACCUCUUUCAUGACCAUGAUAAGCUCGAUGUACCCUGCCUCUGGCACUGAAAGCGACGAUACUGAGUUGCAUCGUCGCUCUUACUAUGGCUACUUCUGCCGGAGAGCCAUGGUGGCUUUCAAAAAGCUCUCCUUUGCCGGAGCAACUCGACUCGUUCAAGAUCAUUCUGCGUGGCUACAAGGACAUAGCGACGCAGGGUAUCACAAAGUCGAAGUCGACCCCAUGUCCAUCGGCGAUGUACUAUGGAAGACUACGUCGGAUGAAUACGAAUGGGCGCUUCCGGGAUCAUACGCUCAGUUUGAGAGAGCCGUUGCGGUGAAUGACUCGAACCUUGGACAUGAGAGCCUUCGUCAAUUCUUCGAACAACACUUUCAUGAUGGGAGUGAUUCUGGGUUGAGACAACACGCUCUGCUGAACCUCUCGCGUAUGCACUAUAUACGCAAUGAGUAUUCGGCCGCACGCAAGUUUCUUACGGAAGCCAUCGACGUCUCCAGGACAUCCGGAGACAAGGUGACGCUUCAACAUUGUCAGAGCCUGAUGCGAAGGAUGCCGCGUCCAUGGGUGGAGAAGCCCCCUGUGAACGAGAUACAACCCGCGCUUCAUCCUCUCGAAGUUGUGUUUGAUGUCGAAAAGCUCAUACACGGUCUCAGCGAACAACCACUCAGUGCGGCUUUUGAAAAGCUGACACAGGCUAUCGGCCUGUACGAUCAUUGGAUUGACGUCCAGGGUCAGAUCCCCAACGACAAAGAAGAAUGGAGUCAUCAUGCGGUGCAGUCCGUUCUGUGGCAAGAAGCAGGUUGCUCGAGACUUGCGGCGAUCGAAGAAAACAUCGUGACGCUCUUUUCUCCCGGCGGAGACGACAACAACGCGAUAGUCGUGACGCUUAACCGCGCAUACAGGAGAGCACGGCAGGGAGAAUACCGCGGUGCACUUGGAGAUCUACUACUUCCAGCAGUAUGGCGAGGGCUAACAUUGACCGAUAUCGGCCGCUGGACGUGGCAGAUCUGGCAGAUCCUAGCCACUCGCGCGAGCAGGAGAGGACAGAUCAGACUAUGGCAUGACUUCCUCUUACCUCGCCGACCAGCAGGACCGUAUGAUGCCCGGGAUUACUUCUUCAAGAAUCCCAAACCAGCCAAAUCGUCUGGAGCGCUCAUACGCGAUCCUUUGAUAGACACUAUGGAGCUUCGGGAGACUGAUCAAUCUGCGUACACGAUUGAGCGUCUGUUGACUGCGCUAUGGCACGCCGAAUACCAGUUCAGGUUCAACUACUACCGAACGGGCAUGCUUAUGCUCGCUGACAUCGGGCUCGAGUUCGGUAUGACGAAGAGGUCGCAGCAGAUUGCCGAGAGUAUUCUUCCUCAGGUGAUCGCAGGAGACGACCUCGAACAACGCGCACUAGCAUGCUUCACCUACGCGCGCUGUACAAUAGCCGCAGGCGAACGCUCAGCCGACUCCAUACGCGCAGCCAUUCCAUUCCUUGAUAAAGCUGAGAAGGACUACGAGAAGAUCGAGUGCUUACGGUCGUUGGCGGACGUUCAGUAUUUGUUGUCUGUGCUGCAUCAUAAUGUGGGGCAGGAGAAGGAGCGGGAUGAUGCUGCUGCGAGGACACUGAAGACGGAGGAGCUCAUUGCGAGUGAGAUGGCGUUGGAGAGUGAGAAGUGGGUGGAGGAUGUUUGGAGGCUUGUUACGGAUAUUGGGGCGAAGAUGGCUAUGAGGUGA